AUGUCGUCGGAGUACCAAUUUCUGUUCCUUGCCAAUGCGUUUCAUCCAACGACGUCGUCUUUGUCGUCGUUUUUCUCCGCCUUAGUUUGCGCUUUCCUUUUGGUGACCGUUUUCGGUCUCUGGCUCGUUCCCGGCGGGCUGGCGUGGGCCCUCUCGAAGUCCAAAUCCCGUUUCCGUAUCCCGGGCCCACACGGCCUCCCUCUCGCCGGCCUGCUCACAGUCUUCACCGCCGCCUCGCCUCACAGAGCCCUCGCCGAGCUGGCCCGCAGGUUCAACGUGCUUCCUCUAAUGGCGUUCUCCGUGGGCUUCACUCGCUUCGUCAUCUCGAGCAAGCCCGACACGGCGAAAGAGAUUCUCAGCAGCUCCACGUUCGCCGACAGGCCAGUGAAGGAGUCGGCGUACGAGCUUCUGUUCCACCGCACGAUGGGGUUCGCGCCCUACGGGGAGUACUGGAGGAAUCUGAGGAGAAUCUCGGCGACCCAUUUGUUCAGCCCUAAGAGAAUCGGCGAUUUCGGAGGGUUCAGAAAGGAAAUAGGGCUGAAAAUGGUGGAUGAAAUAAGUCACCCCGUGGAUAAGAAAGGUGUCGUUGAGGUCAAAAAGGUGCUUCAUUUUGGGUCACUUAACAACGUUAUGAUGACGGUUUUUGGUCGAUCGUAUGGGUUUGAUGAGAAAGACAAUGACGGGUUUGAGCUUGAGGAGAUGGUGAGCGAGGGGUACGAGCUUCUCGGGAUUUUCAACUGGAGCGACCAUUUUCCUCUUCUGGGUUGGCUUGACCUCCAAGGCGUGAGGAAAAGGUGCAAAGCUUUGGUCUCAAAGGUGAACGCUUUUGUCGGAAAUAUCAUCCAAGAACACAGAGCCAUGAGAGUUAAUGGUGAUAUUGGUGAUCAUGAAGAGAAAGCUGGUGACUUUGUGGACGUUUUGCUUGAUCUAGAGAACAAAGGCGAGAAGCUUAGUGAGUCCGACAUGAUAGCCGUUCUCUGGGAGAUGAUUUUCCGAGGAACAGAUACAGUGGCGAUUCUACUAGAGUGGAUUCUGGCAAGAAUGGUUCUACACCCAGAAAUUCAAGCCAAAUCCCAAGGGGAAAUCGACUCAGUGGUUGGCCGUUCACGAGCCGUCUCAGAUUCCGACAUCCCGAAUCUUCCGUACCUCCAAGCCAUAGUGAAGGAGUCUCUCCGAGUCCACCCACCGGGUCCUUUGCUCUCGUGGGCCCGUCUCGCAAUCCACGACGUCUUCAUCGGCCACGCCUUCAUCCCCGCCGGCACCACCGCCAUGGUGAACAUGUGGUCCAUAACCCACGACGAGGCAAUCUGGCCGGAGCCGGAAAAGUUCAAACCGGAGCGCUUCACCGAAGAAGAUGAGAAUAGAGAUGUGAGUGUAUUGGGGUCUGAUCUGAGGCUGGCUCCUUUCGGAGCCGGAAGGAGGGUCUGCCCGGGAAAAGCUUUGGGUUUGGCCUCGGUUCACCUCUGGUUGGCUCAGUUGCUUCAAAGCUUUGAGUGGCUUCCUUCUGAUGCUAAUACUGGCGUGGACUUGUCUGAGCAGCUUAAGCUUUCUCUGGAAAUGAAGAAUCCUUUGCGUUGCAGGGCUGUCCCUAGGUUUGCUUCUUAG